GGAUCCUCCAGUCCAGCAGGGGGCGCUCCGGGUGGAUCCUCCAGUCCAGCAGGUGGCGCUCUGAGUGGAUCCUCCAGUCCAGCAGGGGGCGCUCUGGGUGGAUCCUGCAGCCGGCUGAGAGCAGCUCAGGCCGGCUGUUCCUCAGCAGUAGAGCCGGUGUGUGUCUGGAGGAACCGUUAGCUCAACUCUCUCUAUUAAAGGGUCUACAGAGGAGGAAAGCCCCCCCCGGCCCCCCCCGGCCCCCCCCGGCCCGCCAUGGCGGACAUCAAGAACUUCCUGUACGCCUGGUGUGGAAAGAAGAAACUGACUCCCAGCUACGACAUCCGAGCUGCAGGGAACAAAAACAGGCAGAAGUUUAUGUGCGAGGUCCGUGUCGAAAGCUACAACUACACCGGGAUGGGCAACUCCACCAACAAGAAGGACUCUCAGUCCAACGCUGCCAGAGACUUUGUCAACUACCUGGUCCGAACCGGGGAGAUGAGUGCAGCGGAGGUCCCGGCUGUGGGGGUGAGCGUUCCAGCUGGUGACCAACCUGAUGGAGGAGGAGGAGGAGGACCAGGAGGACCAGGAGGAGGAGGAGGAGGAGGAGCCGGAGGAGCCGGUGGCUUUGGAAGCCUCCCUUCCAGCGGUCCUCUGCCACCUCACCUUGUAGUGAAAGCUGAACAAGAGGAGUGCGGCAGCAGCGGGCCGGUACCAGGAGUGACUGGACUCGGCUACUCAGGAGGAGGAAACUCUGGGUGGGGAGGAGGAAGAGGAGAAGGAGGAGGAGGAGGAGGAGACGAAGGAGCUCAGUGGGAGCGAGGAGCCAACCUGAAGGAGUACUACGCCAAGAGAGAUGAACAGGAAGCGCAGGCGACUCUGGAGUCGGAGGAGGUGGACUUGAACGCUAAUCUCCAUGGUAACUGGACGCUGGAGAACGCCAAGGCCCGUCUGAACCAGUACUUCCAGAAGGAGAAAACCAGCGCUGAGUAUAAAUACAGCCAAGUGGGACCGGACCACAACAGGAGCUUCAUAGCGGAGAUGGUGCUGUUUGUGAGACAGCUCGGCAGAAGGAUCACGGCUCGAGAGCACGGCUCCAACAAGAAGCUGGCGGCUCAGUCGUGCGCUCUGUCUCUGGUCCGACAGCUGUACCACCUGGGGGUCCUGGAGGCGUUCUCGGGGGUCACCAAGAAGAAGGAAGGAGAGACGCUGGAGGCGUUCGAGGUCAGCGUGUCUCCAGAGCUGCAGCAGCAGCUGGCCAGUGUCGUCCAGGAGCUCGGAGUCAGCAUCCCGCCACCGCCCGCAGACCCCUCCAGCCCGGUGUCUCUGGUUCAGGGGAAGAUGGCGACGUUCGAGCCGUCCCAGCGUCAAAGCGGAGCCGGGGUCGUCCCCUGGUCGCCUCCGCAGAUCAACUGGAACCCCUGGACCAGCAGCAACAUCGACGAGGGACCGCUGGCCUACUGCACUCCGGAGCAGAUCAGUGGCGACCUGCACAAUGAGCUCAUGUACCAACUGGAACAUGACGACAACCUGCAGAAGGUCCUGGCGGGACGCGACCAGCUGCCCGUCAAAAAGUUUGAGGAGGAGAUCAUGGACACGGUGCAGAACAACUCCGUGGUGAUCAUCAGAGGAGCGACGGGCUGCGGUAAAACCACUCAGGUUCCUCAGUACAUCCUGGACCGCUUCAUCAAGAACGGCAGAGCGUCCGACUGCAACAUCGUGGUCACCCAGCCCAGAAGGAUCAGCGCCGUGUCGGUGGCCGAGCGAGUCGCCUACGAGAGAGGAGAGGAUGUCGGGAAGAGCUGCGGCUACAGCGUCCGGUUCGAAUCCAUCCUCCCUCGGCCGCACGCCAGCGUCCUCUUCUGCACCGUCGGUGUUUUGCUUCGGAAGCUUGAAGCAGGAAUCAGAGGCAUCAGCCACGUCAUCGUUGAUGAGAUCCACGAGAGAGACAUCAAUACGGACUUCCUGAUGGUGGUCCUCAGAGACGUGAUCCAGGCCUACCCGGAGGUCCGCAUCAUCCUCAUGUCGGCCACCAUCGACACCACCAUGUUCAGAGAGUACUUCUUCAACGCCCCCAUCAUCGAGGUGUUCGGACGCACCUUCGCUGUUCAAGAGUAUUUCCUGGAAGACUGCAUCCAGAUGACCAACUUUGUCCCUCCACCGAUGGACCGCAAGAAGAAAGACAAAGACGAGGAGGGAGGAGACGAUGAUACUAACUGUAACCUGAUCUGCGGGCCGGACUACACGGCGGAGACGAAGCGUUCGAUGGCUCAGAUCAACGAGAAGGAGACGUCCUUCGAGCUGGUGGAGGCUCUGCUGAAGUACGUCGAGACGCUGCAGGUGGCCGGCGCCGUGCUCAUCUUCCUGCCCGGCUGGAACCUCAUCUACUCCAUGCAGAGACACCUGGAGACCAACCCACACUUUGGCAGUAACCGGUACCGGAUCAUGCCGCUGCACUCACAGAUCCCCCGAGAGGAGCAGAGGAGGGUGUUUGAACCGGUUCCCGACAACAUCAGGAAGGUGAUUCUGUCCACCAACAUCGCAGAGACGAGCAUCACCAUCAACGACGUCGUCUACGUCAUCGACUCGUGCAAGCAGAAGGUGAAGCUCUUCACCUCCCACAACAACAUGACCAACUACGCCACCGUCUGGGCCUCCAAGACCAACCUGGAGCAGAGGAAAGGCCGCGCCGGCCGAGUCCGAGCCGGGUUCUGCUUCCACCUCUGCAGCCGCGCUCGAUUCGAGAGGCUGGAGACUCACAUGACUCCAGAGAUCUUCAGGACUCCGCUGCAUGAGGUCGCUCUGAGCAUCAAGCUGCUGAGGCUCGGAGCCAUCGGACACUUCCUGUCCAAGGCCAUCGAACCGCCGCCGCUGGACGCCGUCAUCGAGGCCGAACACACUCUGAAAGAGCUGGAUGCUCUGGACACCAACGAUGAACUGACUCCUCUGGGACGCAUUCUGGCUCGGCUGCCCAUCGAACCACGACUCGGGAAGAUGAUGAUCAUGGGCUGCAUCUUCCACGUUGGAGAUGCGAUGUGCACCAUCUCGGCCGCCACAUGUUUCCCGGAGCCGUUCGUCAGCGAGGGGAAACGUCUCGGCUUCGUCCACAGGAACUUCGCCGGCAGCCGCUUCUCCGACCACGUGGCUCUGCUGUCCGUCUUCCAAGCCUGGGACGACGUCAGGAUCAACGGAGAGGACGCAGAAACUCGUUUCUGUGAACACAAACGUCUCAACAUGUCGACGCUGAGGAUGACCUGGGAGGCCAAAGUCCAGCUGAAGGACAUCCUGGUCAACUCUGGAUUCCCUGAAGAGUGUCUCAUGACUCAGAUGUUCAACACGGUGGGACCGGACAACAACCUGGACGUGGUGGUGUCUCUGUUGACCUUCGGCUCGUACCCCAACGUCUGCUACCACAAGGAGAAGAGGAAGAUCCUGACCACCGAGGGGCGCAACGCCCUCAUCCACAAAUCCUCCGUCAACUGCCCCUUCAGCAGCCACGACAUGACCUACCCCUCCCCCUUCUUCGUCUUCAGUGAGAAGAUCCGAACCCGGGCGAUCUCCGCUAAAGGGAUGACUCUGGUCAGUCCUCUGCAGCUGCUGCUGUUCGCCUGCAAGAAGAUCAGCUCUGACGGAGACAUCGUGGAGCUGGACGACUGGAUCAAACUGAGGAUGCCUCACGAGGCGGCGGGCGGGAUCGCGGCGCUGCGGGCCGGACUGGAGGCUCUGGUGGUGGAGGUCACCAAAGACCCGGAAUACAUCCGACAGCUGGACCAGACCAACCAGCAGCUGCUGAACAUCAUCAGACUCGUCUCCAAACCGUCAGCGGCGGGACUCAACAUGAUGGCCAACAACCAGCGGAUGGGAGACGGUCCUCGACCUCCAAAAAUGGCACGCUUCGACGGAGGAGGAGGCGGAGGCGGCGGAGGCGGCGGAGGCGGCGGAGGCGGCGGCUACCGAGGAGGCGGCGGUUACAGAGGAGGGGGCGGAUAUGGAGGAGGGGGCGGAGGAGGAUACCGAGGAGGAGGAGGAGGAGGGUACAGGGGAGGAGGUGGAUAUGGAGGAGGAGGAGGUUAUAGAGGAGGAGGUGGAUAUGGAGGAGGAGGAGGUUAUAAAGGUGGUGGAGGCUACAGAGGAGGAGGAGGAGGAGGUUAUAGAGGAGGAGGAGGUGGAGGAGGUUAUAGAGGAGGAGGAGGUGGAGGUGGAGGAGGUGGAGGGUACAGAGGAGGUUAUUAACAUCAUGUCAUCGUCACAGAUCUCUCUUCUUCAUCCUCUUCUUCUUCGUUGGUGUUGUAAUGUUUGUAAUGUUGUCAGUGAGCAGGAUGAUGUCCAACGUGUUAUUUCCAGAUGUGUUCUGAUCCGUUUGAGUCUCUAAUAAACCAGCUGAUCUCUCAAACA